AUGGACGCCGCGCAACAACCGGCCGGCUCGUUGAGCUGGAGGCUUUCCUCCCACCCCAUUACGCUCCUGACGUUUCUGGGCUUUAGAAUAUCUAGCGUUUUGGUCUAUUUCCUCGGCCUCUGGGUUAUCAGGAGCAUGAUCAUGAUCUUCAUCAUCACCAUCCUCCUCCUCGCCGCCGACUUUUACUACCUCAAGAACAUUGCCGGCCGGCGCCUCGUCGGCCUCCGCUGGUGGAACGAGGUCGACGCCUCGACGGGCGACUCCAAGUGGGUGUUUGAGAGCAGCGAGCCCGGCACCAAGACCAUCAACCCGACCGACUCGCGCUUCUUCUGGCUCAGCCUCUACGUCCAGCCGCUGCUGUGGAUCCUGCUCGCGGUGCUGGCGCUCGUCCGUCUGCAGUUCCUAUGGCUCCCCCUCGUCGUCAUUGCGCUGGUGCUGACCGUCAUGAACACGCUGGCCUUUUCGCGCUGCGACAAGUUUAGCCAGGCGUCCAACCUGGCGGGCAGCGCGUUUAGCAGCACCAACCUCGCGGGCACGCUCGCGAGCAACAUGGUUGGCCGCUUCUUCUCGCGCUAA